GGCGCGGAAAAGUACAUGUCUGUUUUCUGUUUACGGUGCUAUUGCUUAACCACUUGAUAUCGGAUUUGCACUAUAGAUAGAAGAACGAAACAAAAGAAAAAUGUCCAAGUUGGAGAAAAUGCAGAUUAUGGGCAUUCGGAGCUUUGGCCCGGAGGAACCCCGGAAAAUUCAGUUUUUUUCUCCUCUGACACUCAUUUUAGGUCAAAAUGGUUGUGGAAAAACAACUAUAAUUGAGUCACUGAAAUACAUCACAACAGGUGAUGCUCCCCCAGGCUGUGGAAAAGGAGCAUCAUUUGUCCAUGAUCCAAAGUUAGCAAAGGAAGUUACUGUGCGUGGUCAGAUCAAGUUAAUGCUAAAAGACACAAAAGGAGCAACUCUUGUAACAACACGCUCCUUGGAAGCCACACAGAAGCUGAAGAAGAUUGAGUGUAAGACCAUAGAUGCAACAUUGCAAAGAAGGAGGCCAGAUGGCAGUACAGAUGCUAUAUCUAGUAAGUGUGCUGACUUUGAAGCAGAAAUAUCAAAUGCCUUGGGUGUUUCAAAACCUAUCCUGAACAAUGUUAUAUUUUGUCACCAGGAGGAAUCAAAUUGGCCUCUAGAUGAAGGUAAGAAAGUGAAAGAAAAAUUUGAUGCCAUAUUCAAUGCCACCAAAUACAUCAAAUGUCUUGAUACGAUACGUAAGCUACGUGCAGAAAUGAAAACAAAUGCUAUAUCUAGUAAGUGUGCUGACUUUGAAGCAGAAAUAUCAAAUGCCUUGGGUGUUUCAAAACCUAUCCUGAACAAUGUUAUAUUUUGUCACCAGGAGGAAUCAAAUUGGCCUCUAGAUGAAGGUAAGAAAGUGAAAGAAAAAUUUGAUGCCAUAUUCAAUGCCACCAAAUACAUCAAAUGUCUUGAUACGAUACGUAAGCUACGUGCAGAAAUGAAAACAAAGGUGAAGAACAUGCAUGAAGUCAUUGACGGCCUCAAGAAGUGGCGAGAUGAGGCAAACCGAAAGCGUCUUGACUUGAAGGCAUCUUGUGAGCAGCAGAAUAAGAUUAAGGUUCAAAAGAGUAAACUGAAGGAAGAACUGGAGCCAAUUCGAGAACGUUUGAAGGAAAUCUGUGACUUGGAAGAGAAUGUUGGCCGUUUGAAUGGAGAGCUGAUUGGAGAGAAGCAUAAACUUGAAGCCCUAAGGCAGAGCCAGGCAGACUUGCGGGCGACUCUUUCGGAGCAACUGGACUGUACAGAUGAGGAACUGUACCGCAUGAUACAGGAUUUCCAGAGGAACUUAGAGAGCAUGGAAGAGGAACAGGAAAAGGUAAUGUCUCGGAUGCAAAACAUUCAGAGAGAGAAGGAGAAGAAUCAAGCUGAGAUGUCUAGGACAGAAAGACUUCGAGGGGAAUAUGAAGCAGCUUACAAAACGCAGCAGGAUUACAUCAAGGAACGAAACAGACGGAUGUCAAACAUUACCAAGGAAUUUUCCUUUGCAGAAUUUAUGGGUGUUAAAGAAUUCAGUGAACAACAAGCUCAGUCUCUUUUGUCCAAACUCCUCAAGGUUGUUGAAGAUGAACGCAAGAAGAUUGCAGAGAAGAAAGAAGAGUAUGAAAGGAAAGAACAAGCUGUACAGAAGGAGAUUGAUGGAUUAAGAUCCUCUGAAGCUGCCCUGGACCAUGACAUUAAGACUAAAGGAAAGCAGCUAGAUGAAACAGGCAAGAAGAUCCGCCAGCUCAAGCAGACGUUAAUGCGUAAUGAGAGUGAUUUAUCAGACAUGGAUUUAGACUCACUAAAGGUGGAGCUCACCCAGGUAGAAGAAAUGAUAGCUAAGGAAGAAUCAAAAGUCAAUUUGACUGAGCUUACUGCAGAGAUAGAAACAGCUAAAAAGAACAAACGAGAAGGAGAGCAUGAAGUUGAUGAAAUCAAAAGGGUAGUGGCAAAGAUGAACCGCCAGGCUAAUGCUCGAUCUCAGUAUGACAUCCAUAUGAAGGAAAAGAAGGAGUUAGAAAAUAAAAUUGAAUUUUUGAAGCGCAAGCAUGCUGAUGAAUUUGAGCAUCUCCUGGAAGCUAUUCCUGAUGACAACAUUAAGAAUAAAGUUGAUGCUUGUGCAGAUAGUCUUCGAAGGCGUGUUACUGAACUUCGGCAAGAAAUUGAAGGACUGAAUAAGCGUAGAACCCAAUUGUCCAUGAGCAUAAAAGGACAGAAACAACAACAGAGUCGUAAAGAACAGGAAAUCAGAGAACUGGAGAGCAAAAUAGACAACAUUUGCGAUGGUAUGAAUCUAGAUGAGGCCCUUGAAAAGUCAAAGGAAGUGAAGGACAAUCUUACACGUGAACGAGGAGAUCUCUCCAGUUCCAUCACUGUCUUAAAUCGUUUCACUGCCAAGCUCCGUCAGAGAGAUUGCUGUCCUCUCUGUCAUAGAGACUUCCCAUCAAAAGAUGAAGUCAAUCAGCUUAUUGAGGAGCUUGAAGGAAAGGUGAUAAGUAUUCCAGGUAAAUUAGAAGAGGUCAAAGUAAAACUUGAUAAACAAGAGAAGGUCCAUGACCAGAUAAUACAGCUUAAACCCCAGAGAAACCUGGCAAACAGUGCCAAGGUGGAAUUAGACAAGAUCAGAGCCCAGAUUGAAGAGGAGAUGAAGGAAUUGGCUAAAGUAGAUUCAGAACUGGAAUCCCAGAAAGAAAUGCUGGACAUGACACAGGGAGAUGAGGAGAUGGCUCGACAGAUCCAGCCAGAUGUGAUCACAAUUGAAAACAAUCUGAGGAAGGUUAAACAGCUCAAGAUUCAAAUUGAUGAUCUCCAGGCAACUUUGGGAAGCUCAGAUGGAGGAAUGACCAUGGAAGAAGCAGUGACUCGACAGAGUGAACUGGAAGAUAAACUUCGCAAGUUGCAGGCCAAAGUUGAAGAACUGCAAGAACAGCUUCAGGAACACAAGGAUCGUCUUCAAGGACUUAAAGACCGCAAAUUGAGACUUUCCACCCAGGAACUUGAGUUGAAGACCAAGCUUCAGGAAACUGAGAAACUGAAGGAAGACAUUUCUAAACUAGAGGAGGAACGCAACAAACUCACAGAGGACAUAGAAAAGGCUCAAGUGGAUAUAGCACCCUUUAAGUUCCAGAUAACAACCAAAACUUCUGAGAAGACAAAGCUCAUGGAAGAAAAAGACUCUUGGAUUGACACCCAAAAUAAUAAGGUGAGCACAAUCCUCGAGACACACAGGAGGGCAAAGGAUUUACACAUGAAUAUCAGUGUUUACAUUUCAAGAAAGGAAGAGAGCCAACUGCAGGAAAUUCGUGAGAAGGUUUCUACUCUCCAGGAGGCUGCCUCAUCCCUAGAUGCACAAAAGAAGACAGUUGAUGAACAAAAUCGUGACAUUGAGAAGCAGCUUGCCAAUCAGAAGCAAAGGAAACGUAACCUGGAUGAUGAAAAGAAAAUCCGUGAGAAGGAGACAGAAGCAAAGCGAGUUCAGAAAGCAAUUAGAAAUUUGGAGGACCGUAUAAGGGGUUUCGACUAUGACAAGCUCAUAGAUGAAAAGACAGAACUCCUGCAGAAGUCUAGUAGAAUAGACAAUCAGGGAGGCAUUCUGGAUGGACGUCUGCAAGAAGUCAACAAAAGCAUUCAGACACUGGAAAGUGAGCUGAGAAGAAAAGAGAUUCGAGAUGCUGAAAAGAAUUAUAAACAGAAGUUUGUGGAAAUGAAGUGCACUGAUGUAGCUGCAGAUGAUCUAAACAAAUACUACACAGUUUUAGAUACUGCCAUAAUGCAGUUCCACUCAGAUAGGAUGCGAACAAUCAACAGCAUUAUCCGAGAACUUUGGCGUUCAACCUAUAGGGGCAAUGACAUUGACUACAUUGAGAUCCAGACAGAUGAGGCAGAGUCUCAAGGUGCAGACAAGCGACGCACGUACAAUUACAGAGUUGUGAUGGUAAAGAAUGGCACAGAUAUGGACAUGCGAGGACGUUGUUCUGCUGGUCAGAAAGUUUUAGCCUCACUUAUCAUCAGGAUGGCACUUGCAGAAACAUUUAGCACUAAUUGUGGCAUCUUGGCCCUUGAUGAACCAACCACAAACUUGGAUCGUGAAAAUAUUGAGGCUCUUGCCUUUGCUCUGUUAGACAUUGUGAAUAAGAGGGCAAGCCAAGAAAAUCUGCAGUUAAUUAUCAUUACACACGACCAAGAAUUCCUGGAGAAGCUUGGACAUCCUGAUUACACUGAUUAUUUCUCCUUAGUUGAAAGGAAUGACAGGGGAUUAUCCACUAUCAGUCAGAAGGAGAUAUCACAGCUAUAAGUUACCACAUAAUAUGAGUUGUAUGUGAAUUAUUAUAUGUAUGUUAUUAUUUGGAUGUGUC